AUGAAGGAGAAGACGAGAAGCACUGGAAGAUCCGUCUCCGCGUCCAAGAUCGAGGAGAGGAUCCACAGGUUCCUCCGACCGGGGGCCCUCGCGCGCUUCCGGGACUCCCGGAGAAGCUCCCUCAUGGGGCAAAGGGGUGGGAUCUUCCUCCAUGGCGACCACGGCCGCCAUCAGGAUAGCCUUUCCCCGCUUCCCUCCUCAUCUGCCGUCGAUGCGGAAGCCACCGUCACCUCUCCCCCGAUCCCCGCCGCUGACGGCCUCCCGUGCUUCUUGACUGGAGUUAGCGGUCCGAUUUUCCCCCAGAGGAAGAAGCUUCUCGCCGCCAAGGCCAUGAUCCUGGUUCCCGUCAGUCCUGCGGGGCAGGACGCAGCUGAUUUUCCGUCUCUCGGUGCCUUCAAUCCAGAUUUGCUGCUCGUCCACUGA